AUGGGCGCUCUGGAGCGCGCGUCCAUCGAGCAGUGGCUGCAGACGGAGGCACAGAGCUUCGACUCGCCCAGCACCGAGAUGGUCUACAGCCUCGCCAUCCUGCCGCCCACCCUGCCCAGGCAGCAGAGCGACAACAACAGCAACGGCACUGGCAGCGGGUUCAACGCUAGGGACGUGGUCGUGGGCAGCAACGCCGACGUGUCCAGCGGCAAGCGCGGUGUGGCCGGGUCGCAGCAGCCGACGGCGAGCCAGAGCCAGAGACAGAAUGAUACAUCUCACUUCGUCUAA